AUGGACCCGUCCUACAUGCGGCGCAUCGCCAUAUUCGAUCUUAACGGGGAUCGCGAUGCAGUAACGGAUGCUGAGUGGAUCGCGUGGCUUUGCGCGGCGCUUGAUGAAGAACACGAAGAAUCGGAAGUACUGAAGAAGCGCCUGACUAUCGGCAUCCAAUUCAACAUGAAGUUACUGGACGUCCACUGUGCUCCUGCUCUGUCGCAGUUUGGCUUGCUUCAGCUGUUGAAGUCUCGUGUCGGUCGUAUGCUCGACGACCUCAUGCGUGUGCUGGAACAAGACAACCAGGAAUGGGUGAUUAAUCAAGAGUCGAAAGUUGCCGUCGAAGUCAUUGACAAGGCUCUCAAGCCAGAAGCCCUCAAGACUGCCGUACAGAAGCAGUUAUAA